UGAGGAGGUGCAGAAGUCUAGUUUUCUCUCAGAACACUUGAAUUACAAUAUGCUGAAAGGUUAUUAUGGAUUUUUUUGCCCAAUGAUGCCAAAAAUAUACUGCCUACUGCCACUUUAAAUGUCCAAAAUGCAUCAAACGUUUUUAGAUGACUUGCAAUAAUGAGAUACUUAUUUGUGCUGGCUUAUUUUUGUAUAAAGUGAAUGAAAAUGAAUUAUUCUGACAUAAAUGCAUGUGCUUCCCCAAACUUGCCUCCCAUAAAAAAUGUUUACAUACAACUUAUUUGUUUUACCAAAUGCAUUUUGUGGAAAACAUAAUUUCAGCAUAGAUUUUUUUGUUUGUUUGAAUGAAGGAUUUUUUUUUUUUUUUGUCACUUUUGACUUUGUUGUGUAUGUUAAUUCAUUCAGUUGAGCAAAUUGCCUGUCUGAGAUCAGGCAGCCCUUUAAUGUUUGGCAUCCUGGACCAACUGUGUAACAAGACCUGCACUACUCCCCCCCGACCGACCAAUCAGCAUCCACCUUUUUGACCUCGAAUAACCUCCCUUUUUGAGCCUGCUAGUCGUCCAAUCAGAUGUUACGCUUUUGUCAGUGACUUCCUUGAAUGAAACCCGUCAUUAAAACUACAAGACUCAAGGUUUUAAAUUGAUUUUGUGGGCUUUUUCUCUCCUAGUAUCCUUGUGUCUUCUUACAGAACAGUCCCAAGUGAUGUUUACAUGUUAACCCAGAACAAAUAGGACAAAUAUACAAUAUAUAAUAUAAUAUAAACUAGCUAGAUUAGGUGUUAAAAAGGUUAUAUACCGAAGGAAAUUUUUUGUUUGGGAGGUUUCAGGCGUCAACAGCCAACAGCGUGUCGUAUUUCAAAGCGGAACUGAAGUUUGACUUUGAGCUGAGUGUCCUGUUUCCACACGAACAAUUAAUCCCGUUCUAUACUCGUUACGUAGCGGAGAUGGCAGCCCUCCGAACGGCACUCAAUGGACGACUUGUUAAGGCCCUCCCCUUGUCCUUUGGCUCACUGCGGCUCGUCAGCACCUUUAAGGCUGCAGAUCUCGUCAUCGAACGCAACGCAGCAUGCAAGCCGAAGCCAGACCCCUCCACCUUGGUGUUCGGCAAACAGUUCUCCGACCACAUGUUGACCAUCAACUGGUCGGAGAAGGGUGGCUGGGAGGCUCCUCAGAUCAAACCUUUCCAGAACCUGUCGCUGCACCCUGCCAGCUCUGCCCUGCACUACUCCAUAGAGCUGUUUGAAGGCAUGAAGGCGUUUCGUGGAGUCGACAACCACAUCCGCAUGUUCAGACCCAUGCUGAACAUGGAGAGGAUGCAUCGGAGCUCAGACAGAAGCAGCCUUCCUCUGUUUGAUAAAGGUGAGCUGCUGGAGUGCAUCAGGAAGCUGGUGGAGGUCGACCAGGAGUGGGUUCCCUUCUCCCAGGACGCCAGCCUCUACAUCAGACCCACCUUCAUAGGAAUUGAGCCUUCCCUCGGUGUGUCUCGGGCAGGACAAGCUAUGAUCUUUGUCAUCAUCGGCCCAGUGGGACCUUACUUCGCCACGGGCUCCUUCAACCCUGUUUCUCUGCUGGCAGACCCUUCAUUUGUCAGGGCUUGGAAAGGAGGCGUUGGGGCCUACAAGAUGGGAGGUAACUACGGUCCUACGAUAGCGGUGCAGAACGAAGCGGUGAAGCGAGGCUGUCAACAGGUCCUGUGGCUGUAUGGAGAAGAGGAGGAGAUCACUGAGGUCGGCACCAUGAACCUCUUCAUCUACUGGACCAAUGAGAAAGGAGAGAAAGAGUUGUUUACCCCUCCUCUGGAUGGCAUCAUUCUCCCAGGAGUCACCAGACAGUCUCUGCUGGACCUGGCCAGAACCUGGGGUGAGUUUAAGGUUACCGAGCGCACGAUGAGAAUGAAGGAGUUGCUGGGGGCUCUGGAUGAUGGGAAGAUCCUGGAGGUGUUUGGAGCGGGGACGGCCUGCGUCGUGUGUCCUGUCGGCAGUCUCCUCUACCAAGGAAAGACUUACCAGAUUCCGACUAUGCAGAACCUGGAUCUGGCAAAGAGGUUCCACAAAGAGCUUACUGAUAUUCAGUACGGACGCAAACCAAGUGAAUGGGCACCAUUGGUCGUUUAAACGGCCGUAUUGCACAUGCCAGUUGUAUCAACAGUUAGUCCCAUGAUUCCAGUGUGGACGACCAGCAGCCCCCCACCACCACCACCACUCUCAACCCACUAAUGCACUCCUGCUUACUUGCCAAUCGCGGAGACGAAUGCCUCUUUCUGAUGGUCUUCUCAGGCAACUUUUACAUGUUUCUCUUCUGCGUGGACUCUCAUAGGACUAUGGUUGGUAGGUUGAAAGUAAGAGCUCGCUUUGGAAAACAAUAUUAACAACAGUAUGCAAUAUUUUUUGACUUGACACGACCCUUAACUUAGGGGUAUGAACGACAAAGCAGGAGAAACAGCUGUCAUUGGAAGGUAAAACAAGCAUAUGCAGCCAGAUGAUAAAACAUAGAGAUGAGAUGUGGCUGAUGGUGAUAUACUGUAUGUUGGACCAGCAUGAACACAUUCAAAUCUCUAAUCUAAUUGGGUCAAUUUGCAUAAAGAAUACACUUCAUUCAAGUGUUUGUCCUCAUAUUCACUUGGACUAAUUCCUUGUGAGGACAGUGCUCAAAGUUAAUAGCACAAACAUUGAUUUUCAUCAACAUUGCAUUCUGGCAUUAAUCAAAAAUGUUUCAUUCGUAAGAGCUGAAAUAUUUAAUGCAGCUACAUAUUCGGUAUGUAGGAAAGUUAACCCCUGGCAGCAUGCAAUCUGUACAUGCUGUUUCUCAUCAACAAAUGUAUUAAACAUUUAUUUCACUACAGGAAAAACGUAUAUUAAUAACCUGUUCUACUUGCAACAACCCGUGAUGUAUUCUCCGAAACCUUAUAACUGUUGCGCGUGAGUAGUACCUGUAAACGUAUCAUAGGAUAAUGUUACUGAUAAUUGUUACUAUCGUGUACAUAAUGAUCUAAGAGAGUAUUGCUGUUAGUUUUAAUGGGGCCACGUCACUUUGACACCAGAGUUUGCACUGACCUUGUUUAAUGUCAGGUUUUUAUCUGAGCGGGAGUCAAAUUUGUAAGGAGGAAACGGGAGUGGUUUUUAUGUGUGUUGGUUUUGUUUGUGAAUAAGACGUCUGCACAAAAACUAAAGAUUGAUUAAGAAGGUCUGAGGUCUGAUGAUCAGACAACAUGCUGUAGAAGAGAAGGACUGUUACACGCUGGCUCUGGUUUGUGUGUAGUCAUUAUAAAAACCAUGUAAGAGAUAAUGUUGUUAUUUUAGAGGUUUUUAAAUUAUAUUUUUCCUCGUCCUUGAUAUGAAAUUAGGUCAACUGUCUUCCAAAGUACUUGACUGUGUCUCCAUUGUUUUACUUUAUUCUGGGCUUCAUACCCUUCCUUCUCCGAUUUCUUUUUCUCACUUUGAAUGUAUUUUUAUUUUUACACACCUACUGUUCACCUGUCCCUCUCUUCUGUCUAAGUGCCUGACCUCAGUUUGUCAGCCUGUUCUGUGGAUCUUCAGCUGUUGUUUUAUGUUUUUUCCAGUUUGUGCACUAGGGGAUGUAGCUGGAUUCUUUGUCAGUUUAGUUGUUUUAAAUGUGCUGUUACUUUUACUCGGCUGUAAUGUUUUUACAAUAAACCUGAUCUGAGUUUAGCCUGUAUUGGUA